AUGAAGAACGAGAAAAGGAUGCUCUACUUGAGAUAUUCACUACCUUAUCUUCCUCAAACAAGGGAAUCAGCUAAGCUCUUCUCCAAGAGGCCUAACAGCGUUGUGGUUUGUGCGGCGAGAGGUCCAAGACCUCGAUCUCCUCGAGUGUGGAAAACAAGGAAGAAGAUUGGAAGCAUCUCCAAAGCUGCCAAGAUGAUUUCUUGUAUAAAAGAAUUGUCAAAUGUUAAAGAAGAAGUUUACGGAGCGCUUGAUUCCUUCAUUGCCUGGGAAUUAGAGUUCCCUAUUGUUAUAGUUAAGAAGGCAUUAGCUAUUCUUGAAGAUCAAAGAGAAUGGAAGAAGAUUAUUCAGGUGACAAAAUGGAUGCUGAGCAAAGGCCAAGGAAGAACAAUGGGAACAUACUUCUCAUUACUAAAUGCUUUAGCAGAAGAUAAUCGGCUUGACGAAGCUGAGGAGUUGUGGAACAAACUGUUCAUGCAACAUUUAGAAGGAACUCCAAGAAAGUUCUUCAACAAAAUGAUCUCUAUCUAUUACAAGCGAGACAUGCACCAUAAACUCUUCGAGGUGUUUGCUGACAUGGAGGAGCUUGGAGUGAAGCCAAACAUUGCGAUUGUGUCUAUGGUUGGGAAAGUGUUUAUGAAACUUGAGAUGACGGAUAAGUACGAGAAGCUGAUGAAGAAGUAUCCUCCACCACAAUGGGAGUUCAGAUACAUCAAAGGAAGACGUGUUAAGGUCAAGGCCAAGCAGUUAAGUGAGCUGAGCGAUGGUGAAGGUGGUGUUAGCAGUGACGAGGAUAAGACUGAUAAUGAGAUUGAGAUUAAAUCUGAAAUAUUGUCAGAUGAGGAAGCAAACCAAGAUGGUGAGGAUCUCAGUGAAGAGGAAGAAGAAGAAGAAGAAGAAAAAGAAAAAGAGCUUUUGGGUGGGAAUCAAGUACAGAUUGUAACUUCCGGACUUGGUCAUUUGGACUCUUCUUGA